AUGUCGCAAAUACUCAGCAGGAUUUUGAACAAAUGUGUAUUUGCCAAGGAUCAGUAUCAACUGCAUACGAACAACAAUGCCGUAAUAAUCCUGAAAGAUUGCCUGAAAAGAAGAGGAUCGCGAGUCCUUGAUAGAGCAUUGAGCCGUGACGUAAUACAGAUAACUCAAAAUGUGGUUUUGGUUAAGCGGAAAAACGAUACUGAAUUAAGUCCAAGUUCUCCACGGAAUCCAGACACAGAAAUAAUGGAAAAAUUUCUUCGAUUUCUUAAAAGUCGAGUCUUAAAAAUCACUUUUAAGCCAGAUGCUAAUUUAUCGCUGAGUGAAUCUGAGGGUCGUGGUCGUCACAAAAACAACCAAUUCGGACAAAUGUUAACCUUCGGCCUGGUAGCAGCCGGGCUUAUAGUGAUCCCAAUGGGUUUCCAGUUUUUGGCAGUACUAGGAGGCAAAGCCCUGCUCCUAGCCAAACUGGCCUUGCUCCUGACUUCGAUCCAAGGCCUCAAGAAAAUCGCCACUAGCCAAGUGAACUACGGACUUUAUUCUACCGGACACGGCGGACCUUGUAAGAAUGAUUUUUUUGAUUUCGGUGAUGGUGAUGAAUCUUUAGAUGUUGAAUUUCAUGAUCAUGAAUGGCAUUAUGAUCGUCAAUGGCAUUACGAUCCAGAACCGUAUCCAUUUCAUUCUUCCAGUUUAGGUGGGCCAAUAGUAGAACAUCAUCCAUCACUCUUCAGUGCAUUACAACAUCAACCUGUAGUAGAAGAACAUGGAUCCUAUCAAUAAUAUUUUAAAUUUUAAUUUAUUUAUUAUACUUAUUUGUUU